AUGCCACCACCGGCACUGGGAAAUCAAAUCACCUCGAUCGAAGGUAUUCGACUCGUUGGAUCUGACUCACCCUGGGAUAUCAAUCUGGAAUAUUCACCAGACCAACCCCAAGGCAUCGUCAAAUCUGUCACCCCGCACAAGGGCUCCUAUGAUCCCCACAUCCAGCCCCUUGCUCUGCCUACGUUGACACAUCCGCACAUUCACCUCGAUAAAGCAUAUGUGCAUAGCGCUGCCGAAUAUGCUGAUCUUCUACCCUCGACUGGCUCGUUCCAAGAGGCCUUAGCAUUUACUACCAAGGCAAAGCAGAACUUUACGCGCACUGAUCUGCUGAAAAGAGGAGAAUGGCUUUUGGCAGAGUCUACUUCGGCUGGAGUUACGGCUAUGAGGGCAUUUGUGGAAGUGGAUCAUACGGUGAAAUUGAUCUGCUUGGACGCAGCGGUUACCCUCAAGGAGCAGUGGCGGCAGGCUUGCGAGAUUCAAAUCGUGUGUUUCGCCCAAGACCCUCUAUUCUCAAGUGAACAUGGCAGUGAGAAUUGGGACUUGAUGAAAUCAGCUCUGGCGAGAUACCCGGAAAUUGAUGUCAUCGGCACAACACCCUACGUCGAGUCCAGCGUUGACGCGGCGAAGCAAAACAUUGACUGGGCUAUUGAUUGUGCCCUGCUAAUGAACAAGCACCUCGACUUUCAUCUGGAUUACAACCUCGACUUUUCAAAGGAGGCUCUAGUAUGGCACGUGUUGGAUGCCCUCAAAAGCCGAGGCUGGACCGCUCACUCUACAACAAAACGCGUGAUGCUGGGUCACUGCACUCGAUUGACGCUGUUUACCGAUGAUGAGUGGAGACAGAUAUCAAAGACUAUCCACGACAAUGGACUUCCAGUCACUUUUGCUGGGCUUCCCACCAGCGACCUGUAUAUGGCUGCCCCAACCGCUCAAGGAAGCCCCCAUCAAAGGCCUCGAGGCACGCUGCGAGUCCCAGAACUGAUUCGCAAGCAUGACAUCGAUGCAGUGAUGGGCAUCAACAAUGUUGGAAAUGCUUUCACGCCCUGGGGAUCAUCUGACCCCCUGUCCUUGGCCUCCCUUGGAGUCGGAAUCUAUCAGGCCGGGACCCAGGAUGACGCGACGCUUUUGUACGAGUGUGAAGUAGUGCUAACUUACUGCUCUUUCAUGACCGAGAUGAUACUGGAUGUGGAAUAUCUCGUCCGCGUGCGCAACAAGCACCCCCCGUCAGGUUCGGUCAACCCCAGUUCCAAGGUUCCAACGUUCCGCAACGGUCGCCAAAGAGAGCCUGGAACCCAAGGAGCCCAAGAACUUAAGGAACCCAAGGGGAACUCCGCGCAGCUGUCUUCUUUUCUCUCCUCACAUCCCCAGCCCCCUGUCUCGUACAUUUCUUUCGAUCCUUCCCAUCUUCUUUUGGGUUUAGUAUCUCCAGCCCGUGGGGCUGACUCCUUCGUCAGCGUCUCCCCGCUCUAUCAGGGCCCCUUCAACACCACGUUGACCGCUCCAACGUUCCAUCUAUCCCCGAUUUGCCCUGAUCGUCAUGUCAGCCCCCGCGCCCCCUUCACAAGUGGUGGCUCGCAGUCAAUCGACCUCCUCUCGCACCUCCCGACCCCCCUCCUCCGAUCUCCCCACCGCACUCGAAGCGUGGCGGUCCGAUCGUCCACCUCUUCCCAGCCCCCUCCGAGCCAAUACUCCCACUCCAAAGCUCCCUCCUAUGAUCGUCGCCCUCCAUCGAACCACGCUGCGCUAGACAGCGUAGCCCGCAGAGAUUUUGAGGCUUCCAAUGUAGCCCGAAUGCCUUCUCGCCGUGACCCUUCUGCUGAGCGCUCGCAGGAGCGCCCAUCAACUGCUACUCGGACCGAAUCCGCCCGGCGCCACCAGCGCAAUUCAUCCACCCAAGGUCAUCAACGAGAAAGCGCCGACAUGGCCAGCGCCGUAGCUGCUGAACGUGGACCUGACCCCGCGCAGCAUGCGACCGCACCGGCUGCUUCCAACCAGCCCAGGCGUCGCACAACCAUCACAACACCAUCAGGCCAAUGGGCCCUGGGGAAGACCAUCGGUGCGGGCAGUAUGGGUAAAGUGAAACUGGCAAAAAACAUGGAAACCGGAGAACAGGUUGCCGUGAAGAUUGUACCUCGAGUCUCGACCGAAGAACACCGCAACGGCCGUGAUUCAGAGCGAGCCGACCGGUCCAAGGAAAUCAGAACUGCGCGAGAAGCCGCCAUAGUCAGUCUCGUGAGCCACCCUUAUAUAUGCGGCAUGCGCGAUGUCGUGCGGACGACCUAUCACUGGUAUAUGCUUUUCGAAUACGUCAAUGGGGGCCAGAUGCUGGACUACAUCAUUUCCCACGGCAAAUUAAAGGAGAAGCAAGCUCGCAAAUUUGCUCGUCAGAUUGCUAGCGCACUGGAUUAUUGUCAUCGAAACAGCAUCGUUCAUCGCGACUUGAAGAUCGAGAACAUCCUCAUCAGCAAGACGGGUGAUAUAAAGAUCAUCGAUUUCGGUCUCAGUAAUCUGUUUUCGCCACGAAGUCUGCUGAAGACUUUUUGUGGUAGUCUCUACUUUGCAGCUCCAGAAUUACUUCAAGCAAGACAAUACACCGGCCCGGAGGUAGAUGUUUGGAGUUUUGGCAUUGUGCUCUACGUUUUGGUCUGCGGCAAAGUACCAUUUGACGAUCAAAGCAUGCCCCAGCUACACGCAAAGAUCAAGAAGGGUGUCGUGGAAUAUCCACCUGGAUUAACCAGUGAAUGCCGUCACAUAAUUUCUCGGAUGCUUGUCACCGAUCCCAAACAGCGCGCUAGCUUAGCUGAAAUAAUGGCCCACCCAUGGAUGAACAAAGGAUUCAACGCGCCUCCAGAAAACUACCUGCCUCAGCGCGAGCCCCUGCAGCUGCCCCUAGAUGCAGAGGUCAUUGAAAAGAUGACUGGUUUCGACUUCGGACCGCCAGAUUAUAUUACGAGCCAGUUGACUAAGGUCUUGGAAUCCGAGGAAUAUCAGCACGCUGUACGACUCAACUUUCGGGAUCAACCAUCAAGCAACCAGGCAGACCGGAAACGCGGCGUCUUCGACUUCUAUAAGAGACGUAACUCCGCUGCCAGCCGGGAUACUCUGUCAGCACCCUCCGCAGAAGCGAUCCAAUUGGGCAAUGACCCAUUGAAUGCUUACAGUCCGCUGGUUUCCGUCUAUCACCUAGUCAAGGAAAAGCUCGAUCGCGAGCGAACAGAGUCGCGUCCCGGGGCUCUUGGCUUCCGCCCAACUACCGCGGGCGAGACACUCUUACCCGAAGUCAUCGCUCCAGAAGCUGCCCACACUAAUCAAUAUCAGCUACCCGGCGAGAGAGACACCGGUCGGCGAUCCCGCCCACGCGCCAGAACCCACGGCGAAGAUGAAGUCACCGAAGGCAUCAAGGACCUUCAUUCUUCAUCGCCGUCCAGACAUGCAGGGUUGUCUGACACACCCGCGAAGAAGGAAAGCACUGCGGCUGGCAUAUUGCGGCGAUUCAGCACCCGCAGAGUCAAGGAACGCAGCCGGGAUGUCGAACGUGAACGUAUCAGCACCCCCAAUACCCCUACUCUCAACGUUCAGCCUCCUGCCGAUUCUGCAUCUCCGCUACACCGCGGCUUCAGUGUUCGUAGAACUCGACGUGCCGAUCCAUCCCCGAGUGGCAUCCCGUCGGCUGGAAGCCAGACCCAGCACCAAGACCUUCUGUCGGCACCGGGCACUGGCGAACAGGCACCGCAGCCCAGCAAAGCGGCUCGGAGAAGCGACGCUGAUGCUCUAGAUGUGGAUCGCCAACCUCCUUCCACUAGUGGUUCCGACCAGGUUGCAGCCAAUGGCCCGCGGGAUCAACUCGCUACGAAGCCCGGCACCCGAACGCACACCGCUCGUACCAUGUCUCUGGGCCAUGCCCGACGUGAGAGCAUCCAAGCCCGAAGAGCCCGCCGCGAGGCAGCUCGUGAAGCCAACGUGCCUGAGGAAACAGAUGCCGAUAUCUCCGGCGCUGGAACCGCCCUGGAGAGUGCCAACGAGGGUGAAGAUUUGUCGAAGCCUGUCUACCUCAAGGGUCUCUUUAGCGUGUCGACUACCAGUAGCAAGCCUCUGCCUGUUAUUCGUGCCGAUAUCAUCCGCGUUUUGAAGCAGCUGGCUGUUGAUUACGUCGAGAUCAAGGGCGGUUUUCGCUGCCGCCACGCGCCCAGUAUCGAUCUAGAGAAAGUGGUGGAUGUCGCCCCUCCUAGCCCCGACCGCCAGGGCCCGGUCUCCCAUCGUCGACGCAUCAGCUUCGGUGGCUUGCUCAACUACGAUGAUAGUCGGGAUGACAACCGCGCCGGAGCAAGCAGACCACCGCGCCGAUCUCAAGGACCGCCAGAUCAUAGUUUCGUAACCAACUCCGAGGGCUCUGACGAGUUCAUUCCAAGAGAUCAGCAACCGCCAACGUCUGCUGGCGAACGGGUCGUCGGAGAGACAACCACGCGCGUGCAGAGCGAUACUGGUGAAAACCUGAUUCUCCGAUUCGAAAUUCUUAUCGUGAAGGUUCCUCUGUUCUCUCUCCACGGUGUUCAGUUCAAGAAGGUCUCGGGAGGUAUGUGGCAGUACAGAGAAAUGGCCAAGAAGAUCCUCGACGCAUUGCGACUGUAA